AUGACGCCAUGCUUUUCAGGGGACUGCGGUCAGAGACACUGGUUCCUGCGGCUGCUCAUGGUGUGCUUCUCACAUUACGUUGCCGACCGCAUCACCGAGAAGUUCGAGCAAAGCAGCAAGACAACCACCAGGGAUAUGCCGUGGGGACCUAAUGUACCAAAGUGGGUACAGCGUUACGUGAAGGUCUACUACGCUGUAUGCCAGCUGUUUGCAACAACUGCGCUUCUUAUUUGUGGGAGCCUGGUUCUCGAUAGCGCAUUCGCAAUCAUGUUCCCCAUUCAACUUUCUACUUUCUUAAUGACACUGGUUAGGAAGAACCUCAUUUCUGGAACUUCAUGGCAUGUGUGGUAUGCCCUCUCCCUUGGCUCUGUCUUCAUGAUUCCCAUCAGUCACUCCAUCAGAAUUUCGCUCAAGCUGCCGCCUCCGAGCUUUCUGCACGCUCUUGUCAGGUCGCAUGAAACUCCCUUUGCGUGUGAGGUGAUCAAGAUGCUUCUGGCUCCUCUUGCCGUGUUCUUGCGCCUAAAACUCCGACUCGACAAGUAUUUGGUCUUCACAAUCGUUACAGUUUCAUUCGUUAUUUUGACCUUGUUUGAGAGAGAGAUUACCAGUCAGAAAGCUGUUUACGAGACCAGCCUUCCUGAGACUGUUGUGCCAUGGAUCCGCAACGCCGUCGGCGGUUCUCUAGCGUUAAUGUCCAUGUAA